GGCCGCCGGGCGGCCUGAGGCGGGGGCCGCGACCGUCUGCGCCUGCGCCGGACACCCUUCCCUCCCCCGCGCGCCGACCGCAGGCGCCGGGCCUUUGUCUGAGCCGGUUUGCCUUGGAGGCGACCGCGGCCAGGCCCUCCCUCGCAGGCGGUGGGUCCCCGGCGGGCUCUUCCCUCGGAGCCCGCGCCGACGGUGGGGCUCCAGCCCCGUCCCCAUUUGCGGUCCUGCGACUUUCUCCCCGUCCCGCGCCGCGACUCCUCCCCGCUCCCGCGGCCUCGCGCCGCGCACCGGGGCGUUGGCGAAGGGCUGGGGCCAGCGUGGGCUCCGGGCCGCUGACAGCCGGGUGGUGGAGCUCCUCCGAGGCUCCUCGGGGAGGAGGCCACGUACACCCGAGGGAGCCGGAUGGGCCUCGAAACCCCCGCCGUUCCUGUUCUGUACCAAGGGGUGCCGUAAAUCGAGCUUUUCUAACGUGGGUUCCUGCCGCGUGCUUUUCCAGCCCCCUUCCCCCCUGGUCACAGCGGAGAGCCUCUCUUUAGCCAGCGCUUGGCAGUCGUUAGGUUCAGUGUAUCUUUGCCUGCCUACAUCAAUCUGCAAGGGAGUUGCAGAAAAGCCUCAUGUUCAUCGAGCCGUUGGGCAAGAAAACUUUUCCUUUAAAACUUUUCAACAGCGGGCAUAAAAUUCUACAGCUGAGGUCUUGAAGAAUGCAGAUGGGUACAGUAUGUGUUGGAACUCACAGUGUGUAUUGACUAACCUAGUUCCUUUUUUUUUUUUUUUUUUUGCUAUUGUCUUGUUAUAAGUGACUCCCGGUGCCAACUCUUUUUUACGGGUGGGGGUUAAGGGGGAUAGGAAGAUUAGGUCUAGAUUAUCUUAUCAGUCAGUGGUAGAGUUUGAGAGCUUUCUCCUUCUUGUGACUUUGGGCAAAAUACUGCCUAUUCAUUUGUCCAUAGCAAAAUGAUUAGAUUAACAUGUAGCUUCUGUUGGUGGAGAAACUACCAGCUGUAAAUCAUAUGUGGUGAUUCAUGGCCCUCUGAUUAGCAUGGGUUUUGGUAUCAUUGCCCACAUGUACAUGUGGGGUUAAUGGCCUUUUGGUGCUCAGCCUCUUACUUCAGAUUCCUUGACUUCUUUGGCACAAUGAUGGAGUCAGAUCUCAUUAAGUGUGAUUCUUCAUGAUAUAUUCAGCAUCAAAAAACAUCUGUAUUCCGCUCCCGUUGUAAAUUAUCUCUAGAUCAGCUUUGCAUUGUAUUUCGUAGUCUGCCCAUCAUCCAGGUGAAUUGUUGUACCAGAUAUGCUUUUGUGUUUAACGUGAUAAUAUUGUCUUAUUUAAAACCACAAAUGAAUUUCAGGAGACGAAACCAGACAGAGGGUCAAGUUUACAGAUGACCGUGUCUGCAAGAGUCACCUGCUGGACUGCUGCCCCCAUGAUAUCCUGGCUGGAACGCGCAUGGAUUUAGGAGAAUGUACCAAAAUCCACGACUUGGCCCUCCGAGCAGACUAUGAGAUUGCAAGUAAAGAAAGGGACCUGUUUUUUGAAUUAGAUGCAAUGGAUCACUUGGAGUCCUUUAUUGCUGAAUGUGAUCGGAGAACUGAGCUUGCCAAGAAGCGGCUGGCAGAGACACAGGAGGAGAUCAGUGCAGAAGUUUCUGCAAAGGCAGAAAAAGUACAUGAGUUGAAUGAAGAAAUCGGAAAACUUCUUGCUAAAGCAGAGCAGCUGGGAGCUGAAGGAAAUGUUGAUGAGUCCCAGAAAAUUCUUAUGGAAGUAGAAAAAGUCCGUGCAAAGAAAAAAGAAGCUGAGGAAGAAUACAGAAACUCCAUGCCCGCAUCUAGUUUUCAACAGCAGAAGCUGCGCGUCUGUGAGGUCUGUUCAGCCUACCUUGGUCUCCAUGACAAUGACCGUCGCCUCGCAGACCACUUCGGGGGCAAGUUACACUUGGGGUUCAUUCAGAUCCGAGAGAAGCUUGAUCAGUUGAGGGUCUGGAUCAAGAACCAGAGAUCGCAGGAGGUCGCGCUCCCGGGACCGGCGUCGGAGGAGGUCGAGAUCUGCCUCCAGGGAGCGACGAAAGUCAUCCCGGUCCCGCUCCCGAGACAGACACCGGCGCCACCGCAGCCGUUCCCGGAGCCACAGCCGGGGCCACCGCCGGGCUUCCAGGGACCGGAGUGCGAAAUACAAGUAACUACUCUGACUCCUUCCGUAGCUGCAGCCCGGAGUUCUCCAGAGAGCGGGCGUCACGGGAGGAGUCCUGGGAGCACGGGCGCGGUGAGCGAGGGGCUGCUGACUGGAGGCUGGAGAGCUCCAACGGGAAGACAGCUUCUCGGAGGUCGGAGGAGAAGGAGGCCGGCGAGAUCUAACUCGACAUCUGGGCCUGUAAAUAGUCUGUUAAACGUUCGACACAGCCUAAAGUUACCCUUUAUAUUUGCUGAAUACAACUCCUCUUUUGUAGUUUACAAUUUCUAUUGUUUUGGAGCUAGCUGUGAGUUUCUAGAGAUGUACAGAGUUGCUCCUGUGUCCUGGGAUUCUGUUGAGUAGGAAUAAAUAAAUCUGACAGACAGCCUCUUA